AUGGCGGAAAGGGCCGUCCAAGAAGCAAAGAAACUGCUCAAGAAGUGCCGGUAUGGAACGCUGGAGUUCUACAGUGCCCUGCUAGAAUGGUGGAACAUGCCAAGGGACGACCGCCUAAAGUCGCCCGCACAACGACUCAUGGGCCUCUUAAGUUUGAUCUGCCCAUCUGACCUUAGCUUCACACUUCUAUUUAGCGUCCUCAACUGCCUGCACACCGUGCACAUCCCGCAGAUAUUCGUCAUUAUGGACGAAUGCAGCGACACCAUGAUCGAGCUGCUACACCAGAAGGCGGCGACGGGCGAGGCCGUGGAGGUGUCGAAGGCCUUCAGGCGCGCCACCAUGGACACCAUGUUCAAGGCGGGCUACGGCGUCAACCUCAAUGUCCAGCGGAGCACUCCUGGAGGACCCCUGGAUCAGAUGGGCGACGGUGCUGGGGCGCUGCUGCGAAGAGUGCCCCUCCAAGGAAUCAGUUUUCUCUCCAACUGCUUCCCGGAGCUGCACCAUCUCUGGUUUCUUCUCUCGUGGGUGACGUCACGGGUGGUGGUACCUUACUUCACUCUGACCACGAAGCUCAUCCAGCCGGUUAUGUCCGAGAGGCGGGCGAAGGCGCUGCGUGAGAAAGCUGAUGUUCUACAGCUUCUUCUGAACAAGGAAAGCACGGGCGAGCUGUUCAAGAAUGACGCACACGGAUUCGACGGGAAAACGAAGCUGGCGUUAACAAGAGAAGAAGUGAUCGCGAAUUCUGCAUUUUAUUUGAUUGCCGGCCUAGAAGCAACGCCAAACACGAUGGGCCUCACUCUGCACCUUCUCGCGUUGCAUCCUGAGAUUCAAGAGAGGCUACAGGCUGAGAUCUCGGAGGUUCUCCAGAAAGACGGCAAGUUUACAUCGAAGAACGUGAUGGAAAUGCCCUACAUGGAUAUGGUUUUGAACGAAUCUAUGCGCUUCUACACUGGAGUGGUCGGCUUUGUUACACGGCGUGCAGCAAGCGACUUCGAAUUCAAGGGCACCAAAAUUCCCAAGGGUCUCAGCGUCAUGGUGCCGGUCACUUACCUACAUCACGACCCCGAAGUUUGGCACGAGCCAGAAAAGUUCGAUCCAGAAAGGUUCAACCCAGAAAACAAGUCACAGAUCCACCCGGUCAGUUUCCAGCCUUUUGGGAAAGGCCCCCGGGAAUGCCUUGGAAAAAAUUUUGCUCUCGUCGAGAUGAAACUGAUGCUCUCCAAAUUCCUCGCCAAUUUUCGGGUAAUCGUUGAUGAGGAGCAUCACAAGGAACCUAUCAAGCUCAGCUCGGCGUUCAUCACCACAGUGGUCAACGAUGGCAUCUGGCUCAAGCUUGAGAAAAUGCAACGCGAUCCAAGCACGGGUUCAAUGAGGAAAGCCCGCACGGCAGCACUUGAAACACGCAUCAACGCUUAGUCACCUUCUCGACAAUUUUCACCUGUACCUUACCUUACCGUUUGGAGCUUGAAGGUUUCAACCGCUCUUAGUUCGCUAGCUGUUAGUUCUCUAGCAGGCACAUCAGUACACGUGUUAUUUCUCAGGACAUCUCACAUAGCCGGAAUCGAAAUGACUCGUCUCCUCUUCUAGUUUCUAGGUGAUACCGUGCUUCUCGGGGCAGUAGAAGAAGUUUCUUGUUUUGCUUGUUUGUCUUUUUCAGUCAAGUUUCUUCGUGUUCAUUAGCUGCAAACUAUAAGAAACUCGGCCACUGAAUUGUCGGUUAUCCAGAAAUCUUUAUUAGCUUAUUUUUUUUUCUCUGGGAGCGGGGACCGCCAUUUCGUAGAUUACCCGGUCGGUAAAAAUUUCUCUAAUACCUCAACGACUAAACAGAAUAAAAACGUUCAUGACGAUUCACUUAACAACAAGAACUAAUAUCGCGGUGGGCGGCAUCUGUUUGAAGGAGUCGACCCGACUUAUAGCGCUCAACAUAUCUUCACCUGUUAGC